ACAGCCCCCGCCGCCCCCCCGCGCCUCAGAGCGGCCCCCCCGGCCCGCCGAGCCCCGGCCCCGCCAUGGCGCGGCCCCCCGUGCCCAGCUCGCAGAAGGCGCUGCUGCUGGAGCUGAAGGGGCUGCAGGAGGAGCCCGUGGAGGGGUUCCGGGUCACCCUGGUGGACGAGGGGGACCUGUACACCUGGGACGUGGCCAUCUUCGGCCCCCCGGACACCCACUACGAGGGCGGGUACUUCAAGGCUCGUCUCCGAUUUCCCAUCGACUACCCCUACUCUCCUCCUGCCUUCAGGUUCUUAACCAAAAUGUGGCACCCCAAUAUCUAUGAGACUGGUGAUGUCUGCAUCUCCAUCCUCCACCCACCUGUGGACGACCCGCAGAGUGGGGAGCUGCCAUCGGAGCGCUGGAACCCCACCCAGAACGUGCGGACCAUUCUCCUGAGUGUGAUCUCACUGCUGAAUGAGCCCAACACGUUUUCCCCAGCCAAUGUGGACGCCUCUGUGAUGUACCGCAAGUGGAAGGAGAGCAAAGGGAAGGACCGGGAGUACACGGACAUCAUCAGGAAGCAAGUGCUGGGCACCAAACUGGACGCUGAGCGGGACGGUGUGAAAGUCCCCACCACGCUGGCAGAGUACUGUGUGAAGACCAAGGUUCCAGCCUCAGAUGAGGGCUCAGACCUCUUCUAUGAUGACUAUUAUGAGGAUGAUGAGAUGGAGGAGGAAGCAGAGAGCUGUUACGGUGAUGAGGAUGACUCUGGCAAUGAGGAAUCUUGAUGGCCCUCUAGCAUUGCAAAACUUACUAUAAACUACUGAAUUUUACCUCAACUAGAACAAACGGGUUUGAAUUUAGGAUCUGUCAGCCCUGAAAUUAACUCUCUACCUCGCAGGGAGACUGUUCUGCUGUUGCAAAGGAAAUUACUGUCUUUGUAGGCAAAGCAAAAAACAAACCCCCUAUUUUAUGAACUUCAAAGGGGGGGGAAGGGGGAAGCUGUGUUUGGGUGUUCACAAAGCCACAGAAACUGGGGCACUGGUGUCUCUAGCUGAGGAGUGACAGCCAGAGCUGAUGUUGGCUGCCCCUUGUUUGGGCAUGUUCAGCUCCUCUUCAGCCCUGUGGGGGAGGAGUGGUUUGGGGGGCUUGUGGUGGCAGUGAGUGGUUGCUUUUGGGGGGGCAGCAUGUGAGCGUUGUGUGAUUUUCAACACCUUUUGGGGCUCACCCUGCAGCCCUCUGGGCUGUCCCUGUGGGACCUUCCUGCCUCCCCUGCCUGUGAUGCCAGAGCUGUGUUCGUAGGGCACCAGGCAGUUUCUGCCCGGCAGCUGCCAGCACUGGGGGCACGGGGGUGGUCUGUUUGUAGUUUUUGACUAGCUGGGAGGGACAGGGUCAUGCUGAGUCUUUCUGCUUCUGUUUUUUUGGAAACUAUUUAAUAAAGUUCUCCUAGGGAAGGCCGUGGUG